AUGAGCCGUAGCGCCAAACUCGCCCCGGAAGCCAACAGGAUCCUCUUUGUGAAGAAUCUCAGCCAAAUACGCCAGGGCAUCGCUACCAACUCCAAGGGCACUGCGUUCGUGGUAUAUGAAGACGUCUCGGAUGCGAAACAAGCCUGCGACAAGCUGAACGGGUUCAACUUCCAGAACCGCUACCUCGUCGGUUGGUUUUCGUUCUACCAUGCGUUUAUACAUGUCUAUAUCCGACUAAUUGUACUCGCUGCAGUCCUCUAUCACCAACCAGAGAAGAUGAUAAGGUCAAAAACAGACCUCGCCGCGCGCCAGGAGAACCUCGAACGGCUCAAGAUGCAGCACGGUAUAGAUUGA